CUACUCCAUGCUCUAUUUAAUGGAAUACCGACUCUGAGCCAGUUUGAACGUACUCCCAGUUGGAUUUGCAGUGAGCUUUUACAGAAACUUCCUUGUUAAAGAGCUCCGUUAUGUCUCAACAAAAGUACACAGCGUCGGUCAGUGGAAACACGCCUUUUCGCGCUCUAUGCCGGGUUCUUGAGCAGGUUGAAAAAGUACGACAAGGUCAGAGAAACCAAAAAAUGACAAAAGAAGACAUAUUGAGGAAGUACAUCCAAGGCUAUCGAGAUAUGUGGCCAAAAUUAGAGCGGGCCCUUAAAAGGAGAAUAUCUCCUGAAGAACGUGGCGAAGAUCUUUUUCAGUUAAUACGACUUCUGUUGCCGAAACUGGAUAGGAUUCGAGGCUCAUAUAACAUGAAAGAGACGCUCAUCAGUAGAGAAUACAUCAGUCUUACUGGGUUAAACCAGCAGUCAAAGAAAGCACAGGAUUUGCUUAAUUAUAAACGUCUCGAUCCAUCUCAGAAGGAUUUCCGCUUUAGAAAGCCAUUCGAAACGAUGAUCUUCGAACUUCUCAACAAUCGAGUUAAUUUCAAGGGUGAUGAUCUUAUGAUUGAUAGAAUCAACGAAAUUCUCGACCGAAUGACGACGAGCCGUGACGAGUUUAAAACUCAGCUCAAGUAUCUAUACAACCACUGCAGCGCCCUCGAACAUAAAUGGCUGAUUAGGACUAUUCUGAGAUCGUCGUUGAAGAUUCGGAAAGAUGAAGCUGUCGUCCUGGGAGCAGUUCAUCCUAUGGCUAAUAAUAUGUUUGCAGUAAACCGCAACCUUGAAGACAUCUGCAUGACUUUAUAUGACCCGACUGUUGAAGUGAAAACCCCGCAAGUGAUCGUUGGUAAACCGUUUGGCUUCAUGCUCUCCGCACGCACCAAUCUCGCUACCAUUGAAAACGAUAUGGCCAAUGGGGAGUUUCUAAUGGAAACCAAGUUCGAUGGUGAACGAGUGCAGGUGCACAAGAACGGGACAGAAUUUUCAUACUUUUCACGCGGCUAUAACGAGUUCAGCCAUGUUUAUGGAGCAUCGUCUAUGGAUAGACGCACCCUAAGUGACUACUUGGGCCAAAGCAUUAAUCCGCGCGUGGUUACGUGCAUUUUGGACGGUGAAAUGAUGUCGUACAAUAAACAACAAAAGAGAUUCAUAGCUAAAGGGUAUAAUCUUGAUGUUAAAAAAAUGCACGUGGACGACGUCGUCAAUCAGCAGUGCUUUAUGGUAUUUGACUGCCUCUACCACAAUGGACGCGUUUUGACCGAGGAGCCGUUGACGGAAAGACGUCAAAUUCUAGAGAGCAUCCUUGAACCGAUCGAAGGACGGGUGCAGAUCUCGAAAGUGGAGCGCGGCAAUUGCAAAGAAGACGUGAUAGCGUUUAUGAAGAACGCGGUUGUCGCCAAGGAAGAGGGUAUUGUAGUAAAAAUGGCUGGCAGUAAAUACGUGCCGAGCCAUCGAGAAGCUGGUUGGGUGAAACUCAAGCCAGACUACAUGAACGAGGUGGUGUGCGACUUUGAUGUUCUCGUCGUCGGAGCGUAUUUUGCUGAUGGAAAAGCCGGAAAAGAGUAUGACGCGCUUCUUUUAGCCGUUGCCGAAGAUCCAGAGCAAAUAGGCCAGCUACCGAAGUACUUCUACUCGUUUGCCCGAGUGCACUCUGGUUUGUCAAAAUUGGUAUUGGAGCAAGUUAUGGCAUUUACUAGGGAUCACUGGAAAAAAUUUGACAAGUACAAGCCGCCCCAGUGGUUGAAAAUGAGCUCGAUGACAAUAGCACCUGACGUUGUUAUUGAACCCAAGUUCUCAUUAAACGUUACCGUGAAGGCGGCUGAACUCAUAUCUAAUCGCGCAUACAUGACAGGCUGUACUAUGCGCUUUGCUCGGGUGACAGCUGUACGUAAAGAUAAACUUUGGAACGAUUGCAUGACAUAUUCAGACUUGCAAAAGAUUCGUCGGGAGACGGGCGACAAACUCGUGACGGGGAACUUGGACAAUGAUUUACAGGAAAAACGAGAUGAGGCUCGAGGCAAAAAGCGCAGACGAAGUCCUCAAAGAAAAAUUAAGGUUCAGCUAGAAAACCGGGCUGUGCAAGUGAAGAAGGUCAAGAGUGACUGUUUAGCCGGUAAAGAAUUCUGCGUGCUGGUGGACCGGGAAUCUCGCGAAAUGCUGGAAAAAGCAAUCAAACAGAAUGGAGGCCGCUGCGUACUCACUCCUAUAUUCGGCUCUACCUAUAUGGUCGUAGCGGACAAAUUUUCGUUGCGCGUGCGUGACGUGCUAAAGAAGCAGGACGUGGCCAAAUGGUCCUGGCUGGCCGAAUGUAUUGACAGGAGACAACUGAGACAACCUGGCCCAGCCGAUUUGCUAGGAAUGACCCCUGAAACCGAGGAAAGGACUCGGGACCUUUAUGAUCGAUAUGGGGACUCUUAUAGCGAGGAUGUUACCGAGGGAAUGCUUAGAAAUAUCAUGGACGACAUGCGGAUCGCUGAGUUAACGAUGAUAGAGGCAUACGAAUACGGUGGAUUAGCCCAGCAGUUAUUGAAGAUGCGCAAGUACUUGUUGGAGGAGAGAGGCCUCGGAUUUGCGGGCCAAACAUUCUUUAUUGAAGACGACGUGGACUACAUGUGGCAUCUACGCAUCCUGGCUUAUCGAGGAAUUUUGGUCAAAACGCCAUCUAAGGCCGAUUUUGUCGUUUAUUCAAGUGACGCCACGAAGAACGAUAAUGAAGACGAGCACAUAAGCGAAGUCAGACAUUCUAAGGAGGACACCGUUGCCAAAAAGCGUAACCCAAAGAAAGUAUCCACCAAUUGGAUAGAAGAUGUCAUUAAGGGGUUCUGUGUGCUGUCAGCCUUCACUAAGUACUAUAUACAAUCGCAAUACGUUCUCGUAAUGUCGUCGUUACAGGACGGGACGUAUCUCGCCCUGAUGGGUUUAGCUGAAGAAUUUCGCACUAUGAACCCGCCGAACAUGCGUAAUUGUGUAAAAUGUCUCAUGUCCAUCUUCCAGUUGAAUCCGGUACCCAUAGUCGAAUUGCAGAUUCGCUAUCACCUGGGCACGAUUCUGUUUUCGCUGAAUGGAAGCAAUAUCGAUCAAGCACAGGAGCAUCUAGAAAAAGCAUUUUACAUCAUUGCCCAACGGCAGGUGGACGAUCAAAGCGAUAUGAAGUUCCAUAUUACCAAUCAACUUGCAACAAUUUACGAACGCAAGGAGCAGCGCUCCCGUGCUACUCAAAUUCUUCAGCAAGCUGUAGAAUUUAGUCGGGGGCAUGUCUUCUGGCAUUGUCGUUUUCUUUUCCGGCUCGUCCAGGUAUACACAAUCGAGAAACAGUAUACGACCGCCGUGACCCUGCUGACAUCGGGCGCUGAUUAUGCGCAGAAGUCAGGCGUUCUGCACACGCGUAUCUUGUUCCUCCUAUCGCAGGCAAUGCUUCUCAUGCUGGACAAAAAGUUGCAAGAGGUUCACCAGGUACUUAACAACGCCGGCCCGCUUAUUGAGGCGUGGCAGGGCUCGUUACAACAGAAAGAAGCACUAAAGAUAUUUUUUCUUGUUCUGCAAGUCUGCUAUUAUCUGUCAGCGGGGCAGGUGAAAUCUGUAAAACCACUGCUUAAACAACUUCAGCAAAGCAUUCACACCAUUACACAAAUCUGUGCGGCGGACGAAGAAGCGGCGACGGCCGACCAGAGCUUCCAAUGGCUGCCUAAAGAGCACAUGUGCGUUCUCGUUUACCUCGUCACCGUAUUGCACUCUAUGCAGGCCGGCUAUAUGGAUAAGGCGUUGCGGUACACCGACAAAGCAUUAAUGCAGAUCGAUAAGUUGAAGGUUGUCGAUGCUAAUCCGAUUUUAAACUCGUUCCAGAUACUUCUAUUAGAACAUAUUGCCAUGUGUCGUUUAGUCAUGGGCAAAAAGGUGUUAGCAAUACAGGAAAUUAACCAAGCUGCCCAGAUUUGCCGAACAGAACGCUCACUAGCGGUCUCUCAUUCGCCGCAGAUGCAUUGCCUGCUAGGAUUGUACGCGAUGUCGAUGAACUGCAUGGAAGCGGCCGAAGCGCAGUUCGGAGCCGUGCUUCGUGAAAACGCCGCAUCAUCUGAUCUCCGGAUCAUGGCGUCGCUUAAUCUAGCCAUCGUCUAUCUCCGAUCAAGAAAGGAACACGAACUCAAUGAUCUGCUGAUUCGUUUGAAUCCUGAAAGUAUACAGACGAAUUCACAUAGUCUUCGAGCAGCCGCUUAUUACGUUCAUGGGCUGAAUGCGUUCUUCCAGGCACGUUAUAAUGACGCCAAGCGACACCUUCGUGAGACACUAAAAAUGGCCAACGCCGAAGAUCUAAACAGGUUAACAUCGUGUUCACUCGUUCUACUCGGUCAUAUUUUCUAUUCAAUGGGAAACUCAAAAGAAUCUCUGAACAUGGUAACGCCGGCAAUGCAACUGGCUGGUAAAAUUCCUGAUGUCCAUGUGCAGUUGUGGGCUUCCGCUCUUCUCAAAGAUCUUUAUCGGCUGAUCGGGCAACCAAAUCAAGAGCAGGAAUUUGUUACGACGCAUCAAACCUUCUCGAAUUCGCUCCUAAAUGAUCAUUAUCUUGCAUCGAAGCUGCCGGAGCAUACCCUUAUACAAUGGAUACAAAGUGACCCGCCCAUGAUUGAGGUAGCAACGCGAUCUGGCUUAGCAUCAGCAGCUAUUCCUUAGAAAAACUUCUUGUAACUUCGAUGAAUUCACAGUCAAUCUCUAGCGGUGCUAUAAUACUGCGAUGUUCAGAGAGACGGAGAAGAAUUAUAAUUAUUAUGCAGUAAAUUGUAAAAAAUUCUUCAUUAUUUAUUAUGGUAAAUUGGAUAUUACUCUUUGUUUGAAUUGAGAACCCGUAAUAUGUAAAAUCGUUCCGAAAAACUAUCAGAAUUGGCCAAGAUCGGUUGGCACUAAAACGAUUAUCCAUUCUAAAUGGUCUCGAACGGAAUUGACAAUUUAAGCGAUUAACUAAUUUGCGUUUGAAUUCAUUCUGAAAGGGCUAAAACCUUGAGAAUGUCUGAGAAGUCCUCGUGAAUGGUCGCAAUAAGUAACCGUUUGUAAAAUGGUGCGUCCUUGUGUACACUGUAGAGAAAAGCCGUUUUUACAGCCCUUCGUACUCUCUGUAAAUAGUUAUUAUAUAGAUAAAAGAGAAAACGAUAAACAAAUAUGACUUACGUUUUAGGAUAAUAUACUUAAAUACAUAGGACAAAAUGAUAAUUUUACCUUAUAUGAUUCGAACAGCAACGUCUCAAAAAAGAUCGUUUGUCAUAAAGACAAUAAAAAACUGACAAUGUGCUGCAAGCUCAUCUAUGCUAAUCUGCAACAAAAAAAAAAUACUGUAAAGUCAUAUUCAUUAAGUUUUGAAAACUACUAGGAUUUCUUCAAGAUUAAUAAUUCAAAACUUUAUUUUUACUUCUCAAAAAUAAUGACCGCACUGUAUUUCUUCAGACUGCUAAUUCGAUCACUGCUUUAAUUUUAACAAUGCUAACGCAGUCCCAUUUGUAGUGGCGUCGGUUGGUUUCUACCCAAAUCACGCUUAGAUCUUCCCUCCUCCAUUCGCUUUUACGAAUAGCAAUAUUCCAGUAUUUCUUUCUCGCUCGACCCAUCGUACCUUGAGAGCGUUUUACAACUUUUGACUUUGGAGUGUCCCUGCACUUCACUACUACGGAAGGCGCAAGAUACGCGGACCUGGCUUCGUAGCCAAGUAACUUCCGUACAUGCCUGCAGCACUAAAAUCAGGCAACAAAACGUCAAUAUCUAUAGAAAUAAACGGAUUCAAAAAAAAAAAAAA